CGCGAGCCGCGGAGGCUCCCUUGGCGGCGGCGGAGGCUCGGUCGUGAGCGCGGAGAUGGCUUCCGGCGGCUGGCGCUGGGCUCGGAGGGCGCUGGCUGCGGGGCGGCCGCUGUUCCGGGGCCGCGCGCUGCUCGUCACCAACACGCUGGGCUGCGGCACGCUCAUGGCCGCGGGCGACGGCGCGCGGCAGGCCUGGGAGGUGCGCGCGCGGCCGGGACAGCGGUUCAGCGCGCGGCGCUCAGCCAGCAUGUUCGCGGUGGGCUGCAGCAUGGGCCCCUUCCUGCACUUCUGGUACCUGUGGUUGGACCGCCUCCUCCCCGCCUCGGGCCUGCGAAGCCUCCCGAGCGUGAUGAAGAAGGUCCUGGUGGAUCAGGUGGUGGCAUCUCCCAUACUGGGCGUCUGGUACUUCCUGGGCCUUGGCAGCCUGGAGGGCCAGACGCUGGAGGAGAGCUGCCAGGAGCUGCGGGCCAAAUUCUGGGACUUCUACAAGGCUGAUUGGUGUGUCUGGCCAGCUGCUCAGCUGGUGAACUUCCUCUUCAUUCCGCCGCAUUUCCGAGUCACCUACAUCAACGGGCUGACACUGGGCUGGGACACGUAUCUGUCCUACCUGAAGUACUGGGCCCCAGAAUCCCUUUCCACUCCUGGCUGUGCGGACUGAGCAGGAAGCAUCAAGGAGAAAUAGGCCGAUGGACACACUCCCAUAAAAGGUUCUGGAGCAAGUCAGAGCCUGGGCCACAUCCACACUCCAGGCUGAGCCUGCAGCAGCCAUCCCACAUGGACCAGCCUUCGGCACCAGCUGUCAAUCGCCAGGUUUUCCAGUUGGACCCAGAAGUUCUCAGCCAACCUGCAAUUGCAACCCUGGCUCAACUCUGGCCCAAGUAGUCCCUGAGGUUCCCUGGACCCCAGGUGACAAACAGAAGGGCCGGCCCCCAUGGCCUUGGAAUGGGAUCUGGUUUGGCCUCAGAAAACUUAAUGCAAGGUUGGGCAGCCUUGUGAAAAUUUCAUUAAAUUCUCUUUAA